AUGCUUUCCACACUAUUCCUCAUCCUUCUUCUUCUUCAUUCCUUUUUUACCCCAUUCUUCAUCCUUUCCGAAAAUCUUUCUUUCUCUUCUUCAACAUUUCCUUUACAGGCAACCACCACAACGAAAAGCCUUUCAUCAUCAGAAAAUUCUCUCAUCAACCCACUCAAUUUUACCAUCUUGUAUGUUCAACCAAAUUCUUCAUCAUCCUCUCUUCCGAAUUGCACCCAAAAAUCAGAUCCGUGUUCUUCCAUCUCUCAGGCCCUUCAGAAAUUAUCGGAAUUGUUUCAAUUGAAAAUUAUUGAACAAAAAUCGGCCAUCAUUUAUUUAUUGGAAGGAAAAUAUGUUGGAAAUUCGGCAGCUUGUCGAAUGAAACAGAAUGCAGUCUCAGAGUCGUAUGAUGAUAUUAUUGUGGCAUCGUAUCCGUAUGAUAAUACAAAUAAUAGUGAAAAUCGAAUGAUCAUUGAUUGUAAUAAUGGAGAAUUGAUUUCGUAUUUGAAAGCGAGGAGCAUUUCGUUUCAAAACCUGACCGUUUUGAGAACAAAAAUUUAUAGCGACGAACAAUUUGUCGUCUUGAAUGUGUUUGAAAUCAAGUUUGAAAUGUGUCAAAUCGAUAAUAUGGCUGUUCAGGCGUCUUAUUACAAGAAGGAAUUUAAUGUGACAUUUGUGCAAUGUAAUGUUACACAUUCUGAGUUAUAUAAUAUACUCAAAACCACAUUUGAAGAAAGUAUAAUGAAAUUUAUUGGCUUGACAAGUAACAAGAAGGCCAUAGUUUCGAUUCAAAAUUGUGCCAUUCAAAAUUUUAACUACAAGUCAGUUCAACAAUAUGUGAAUACAAUUUUGGAUAUUCAAUAUAGCCAAACAUUUUCGAUUGUGAAUAGCCAGUUUGUGAAUUCCAGUUUUGUCAUUACAAGAUUUCAAUCCAUUGAGUUUAAAGGAGUGAAUUUCGAUGGAUAUACCUCAAUUUACCAAGCAUAUUCCAGAACGGCCACACUAACAAACAUAAUUUCUACAAAUGGAAAUUUUUUUUUAGAAAGUGAUGGAAUUGACAGCGUGGUUUUUAGUAGUAACUUGGUAAUCACAGGUUCACUCUUUGAAAACAACAAAGGAGCAGUAAUUGCAAAUUUUGAAGGCGUGCUCGAUUCAGAAAUCAGACUAGUAACUUCUUCAUUUUCCUACAACAGUUUAGAACAAGGUUUUGGUGGAGCCGUCAGUAUUUCUGGUGUUCAACGUACUGUCUUUGAACAAUGUUACUUUAUGGGAAACAAGGCAUUGAAUGGAGGAGCCAUGUAUCUCGAUACUCGUUUUGUUUCUGUACAGUCUGCUGAUUUUAUCAACAAUUAUGCAACGCAGAAUGGUGGAGCUCUCUAUAUCAAAAAUCAUGAUUCUUCAUUCUUCUCCAAUUUGGGAUUCACUUUUUUGAAUAAUACAGCAUAUCGUGGAGGAGCCAUCUAUUUUGAAACUUCAGCCCCUUUGGACAGUCAACAAUCACUUCUUCGAAAAUUUCACUCCUGUUACAACAACACUGCUUUGUAUUCUGGCGGAUGUAUCUACUCAACCAAGAUUGAUAUGAGUGACAAUUAUAACAUUUAUUUGUCAAACAAUAUUGGAAAUAAGGCCCUAUCCUAUGGGCCAUUCAUUGGUGGCCCCUUCUCGGAUAUCCAUUUUCAAGUUGUGAUUCAAUUUGAUAGCAACAGCGAGGUGGAGAAUGUGACUCAAAUAAUGUAUCCACAACAGCCACUCGAAUGGAGUAUCUAUCCAGGUCAGGUAAUUCCAAAAAUUAGAUUUCAAAAAGUUUCCUACAAUGGAACUGAAAUAAUUAAUUAUUUACAAGAUCAAGUCAUACUAAAAGCAAGAAAUGAUGAUUCCAUUAUUCAUUCUGAUGUUUCUAAAAGUAGAAACGAAAUAAUUGGGUUGUCACUUUCCAUUUUCUCGAAUAGUUCAACAAAAAUUGAGGCAAUUUUGAUUUUUGAGAAUUAUUACAAAUUGAACGUCACUAUUCAUAUUUUGGAUUGUCCUGAUGGAUAUAAAUUGAAGCAACCAUUUUCGUAUGGAUAUAUCUGCAUCAAGAACGAUGUCCCAAUUUCCAAUGAUCUCAUUUUAAAAAUUGUCAUUCCUAUUGCGGUAGUUUCAGGAGUUUUUUUAACAUUAAUAUUUGGAUUAAUUCUACUAGUUACGAUCAAAGUAGUGAGAAAUAUUUAUUUGAAACUUCAAAUGUUGAAACGAAAGGUUAAGGCGGAGCAGACUUUGGAGUCUAAAAUUAUUGACAAGAAGGUGAUUUUCUCGGAUAUGAAAACUCCGUUGUUAAUUAAUGACAGUAUCGGAAGUAGCAGUGAUUACACCCCUUCAAUUGGUAAAACCCAAAAGAAGAGUUAUCAAUCUUUAAUUAUUCCGAUUGAGGACAUUGAAAUUGUGAAAAAAAUCGGAGAAGGAAGUAACGGAACGGUCUAUCAAGGAAAGUGGAAUAGCAAAGAUGUCGCCCUAAAAACACUUAAAUUCGAUGACAUUGAUAUGGGAGAAGAGUUUGAAAAGAAGCCGCCAUUGGAAUAUUUACCCAAAGGAAGUUUAGACAAGUUGAUUUAUGGAUGUAAAAUGAGGGUUGAAUUUUUGACUCUUCGUCAAAAAAUUAACAUUUUGCUUGGAGUUGCAAAUGGAAUGGCUUACUUGCAUUCCUUGAAACCACCCAUUGUUCAUCGAGAUUUAAAACCAGGAAAUAUUUUAAUUGAUGAAGAUUAUAACGCAAGAGUAUGUGAUUUUGGACUUUCGAAAAUUAUGGGAAAUAGUGCUGCUGCUACCAAACAUAUUGGAACUGUGUUUUAUAUGGCGAGAGAAAUGGUGGAUGACAAUCCAAAAUACACUCCCAAAAUCGAUGUCUACAGUUUUGCAAUUAUCAUGUGGGAAUUGUUUUUUGAAGAAAAUCCCUAUGUUAAUGACAAGUCUGCAAAAAUUCACAGAUUCAAUUCAGCAUCCUCUGUCGAGAAUGAAUACAAUGUGUUGCUGCACGUAUUGAAUGGAUCAAGACCGAAAAUUCCCUUCUCUUCUCCACUGGAAGAAGAAAUUUGGUUGAAAGAAUAUGUUCAACCUUAUCAAAAUGGUUGUUCUUUACCUAAAUUGGUGCAAAUCACAAAUGAAUAUAUCGAGUUAAUGAAAAGAUGUUGGCAGUCAGAACCAGAAUUGAGACCAGAGUUUUCAGAAAUUGUACAGGUUUUGACAAGUGUGGAGAAGCUGUUGUUGUGA